AGCAAGAGAUCCAUCUCCAGUUUUCGUACCUAGCAAUUGAAAAUGUCGGGCCGUGGAAAGGGGGGCAAAGGAUUGGGAAAGGGCGGAGCAAAACGUCAUCGUAAGGUUCUCCGCGACAACAUCCAGGGCAUCACAAAGCCAGCAAUCCGCCGUCUGGCUCGUAGGGGAGGAGUGAAGCGUAUCAGCGGUCUGAUCUACGAGGAGACUCGUGGGGUGCUUAAGAUUUUCUUGGAGAACGUCAUCCGUGAUGCCGUGACCUACACAGAGCACGCCAGGAGGAAGACGGUGACGGCCAUGGAUGUUGUGUACGCGCUCAAGAGGCAGGGCAGGACACUGUAUGGCUUCGGUGGAUAGAGAGACUGGGGGGAAAGGGUAGAAUUGACUUUUGUUGGUUUUGCAGAAGUCUUGCUGUCAAGAAAGAGGAAAAAGAUUGAGACAAAAAAAAAAAAAAAGAAAGAGGAAUGUGCUCGUAGUUUAAUUGUGUUUCUUUCUGUUGUCCUGGGAUUAGAGUAAUGGUAGUGUAAUUAGGGGAAUUAGUAGUGAUUAGGUGGUGUAUUUUUGUGUCGUGGUUCAUGCUUUGUAAGCUAUGCCCUUGGGAAUGGUAUUUUGGUGAUUAAUGAAAUGAUUACUUUGUUGGUUUCUUGUA